AUGGGGCUCCCGGCGCUGGAAUUCAGUGACUGCUGCCUGGACAGCCCGCACUUCCGAGAGACGCUCAAGUCUCACGAAGCGGAGCUGGACAAGACCAACAAAUUCAUCAAGGAGCUCAUCAAGGACGGGAAGUCCCUCAUCAGUGCGCUCAAGAAUUUGUCUUCAGCAAAGAGGAAGUUUGCAGAUUCCUUAAAUGAAUUUAAAUUUCAGUGCAUAGGAGAUGCAGAAACGGAUGAUGAAAUGUGUAUAGCAAGGUCUUUGCAGGAGUUUGCCACUGUUCUCAGGAAUCUUGAAGAUGAACGGAUACGGAUGAUUGAGAAUGCCAGUGACGUGCUCAUCACACCCUUGGAGAAGUUUCGGAAGGAGCAGAUCGGGGCUGCCAAGGAAGCCAAAAAGAAGUAUGACAAGGAGACAGAGAAGUAUUGUGGCAUCUUAGAAAAACACUUGAAUUUGUCUUCCAAAAAGAAAGAAUCUCAGCUUCAGGAGGCAGACAGCCAGGUGGACCUGGUCCGGCAGCAUUUCUAUGAAGUAUCCCUGGAGUACGUCUUCAAGGUGCAGGAAGUCCAAGAGAGGAAGAUGUUUGAGUUCGUGGAGCCUCUCCUGGCAUUCCUGCAAGGACUCUUCACUUUCUAUCACCACGGUUACGAACUGGCCAAGGAUUUCAGCGACUUCAAGAUGCAGCUGACCAUUAGCAUACAGAACACAAGAAAUCGCUUUGAAGGCACCAGGUCGGAGGUGGAAUCACUGAUGAAAAAGAUGAAGGAGAAUCCCCUUGAGCACAAGACCAUCAGCCCCUACACCAUGGAAGGGUACCUCUACGUUCAGGAGAAACGUCACUUUGGAACUUCUUGGGUGAAGCACUACUGUACCUAUCAGCGGGAUUCCAAACAAAUCACCAUGGUACCAUUUGACCAAAAGUCAGGAGGAAAGGGGGGAGAAGACGAGUCGGUCACCCUGAAAUCCUGCACACGGCGGAAAACAGACUCUAUCGAGAAGAGGUUUUGCUUUGAUGUAGAAGCAGUCGACAGGCCAGGGGUUAUCACCAUGCAGGCACUGUCGGAGGAGGACCGGAGGCUCUGGAUGGAAGCCAUGGACGGCCGGGAGCCUGUCUACAACUCGAACAAAGACAAUCAGAGCGAAGGAACUGCACAGUUGGACAGCAUUGGCUUCAGCAUAAUCAGGAAAUGCAUCCACGCAGUGGAAACCAGAGGGAUCAAUGAGCAAGGGCUCUACCGAAUCGUGGGGGUCAAUUCCAGAGUGCAGAAGUUGCUGAGUGUCCUGAUGGACCCCAAAACAGCUUCCGAAACAGAAACAGAUAUCUGCGCGGAGUGGGAGAUCAAGACCAUCACCAGUGCUCUGAAGACCUACCUGAGAAUGCUUCCAGGACCACUCAUGAUGUACCAGUUUCAAAGAAGUUUCAUCAAGGCAGCAAAGCUGGAGAAUCAGGAGUCUCGGGUCUCUGAAAUCCACAGCCUUGUUCAUCGGCUUCCGGAGAAAAACAGGCAGAUGUUACAGCUGCUCAUGAACCAUUUGGCAAAUGUUGCUAACAACCACAAGCAAAAUUUGAUGACAGUGGCAAACCUCGGCGUGGUGUUUGGACCCACCCUGCUGCGGCCUCAGGAAGAAACAGUAGCAGCCAUUAUGGAUAUCAAAUUUCAGAACAUUGUCGUUGAGAUCCUGAUAGAAAAUCAUGAUAAGAUAUUUAACACGGUACCUGAUAUGCCUCUCACCAAUGCCCAGCUGCACCUGUCUCGGAAGAAGAGCAGUGACUCCAAGCCCCCGUCCUGCAGCGAGAGGCCCCUGACGCUCUUCCACGCCACACAGUCAACAGAGAAACAGGAACAAAGAAACAGCAUCAUUAACUCCAGUUUGGAAUCUGUCGUCUCAUCAAAUGCAAACAGCAUCCUUAAUUCUAGCAGCAGCUUACAACCCAACAUGAACUCCAGUGACCCAGACCUGGAUGUACUCAAACCCGCCCGCCCCAGCUCACUGUGAGUAGGAUGUUCACCUGCCUGCCGCAACAGGCUCGUGGUCAGCCAUUCUGCCCAGACUUUGCUCUCAGCCCAAUCUGACUGAGCAUUGUCCUAUAAAAUGAUUUAAAUUCCUUUAAACUUGUAGCUUGGCUAGUUUGUUAUGGGUUAAUCAUUAAUUGUAACAU